AAAACAACUUCGACUCUAAAAAAAAAAGUGCCUCAAUGUUACACAAAACAUCUGCCAAUAUAACGAAAAUAAGUGCAUUUUACAAGCUUAACUGGGCUUUAGUUAAUUUGUGUUCAAAGUGUUAUGACAUGAUAUUAGAGUAUUUCAAUUUUCUGCUACCACAAACAACAGUGUGACAAUUGCUUAACUGACAAACUGCCUCAACAUGCAUUUCAAGCAAAAACAUUUGCUUCUCAUCCAAGGAGUUAUUAUAUUCACGAUGUGUCUACCUUGCGAUAGCGAAGCACACAGUAAAUGUAUUGAAACAAAUAAAAGCGCUGCGAUUGAUACAAUUGAUUCAACUAUGGGAUUUGGUAUUGGUCUUCAGGUGACAAAUCGAUCGACGCAUCAGGUGAUGACGCGAAUAUUUUAUAUGUUUUUGACGGAGGUACUAAAUUAUAAAGAUGUUCAAAUCAUUCCAAUACAUUUCACAAACUCAUCGGAUCCCCGAAAUCCGUUGUACACUUUGGAUUAUGUAAGAAGCUACAAUCGGUUUCAUAAUAUAGCUAUGAUCAAUUUGGAAGUCUGGAUGCAGUACAGUGUAUAUAAGCAUUCGCACGAAAAUAUCUUCAGUGCCGGAGCGUCUAUAACUCCCGGUCGAUUUGGUUGGUUUGUGCCCAAAUCACAAAUUUCGACCGAUACUAAGAACUGUAGCUUGCAUUACGAUGUCUUCAGAGAUGUGAAUAAUGAGCAUUAUUCACUUUACAUAAUGGAUGAAAAUAUUACUCAGUUACUGAGAAAUAAAAGUGUUGAAGAAUAUAGAAAUCCGAACUGUGACAAAAUGAAAUGCUCAGCGCUUUUGGCAGAGUGGCGCAAUGAUUCAUAUUUUAUUGAAACCCAUUUGAAGGAGAGCUUUCUAAAUGUUAUUUGGCUGGGAUUCGAAUUUAAAGAUACGAUCGAGAAGUUGGCUAAAAUAUAUGAAACAAAUUACCCACAGGGGCAAAAAAGAUUUAUAGUUCUACAUUGGGUGCCCUCGGAAAUAAUUGACGCUGACAUCAAAUUCACCCAAAUAACAUUGCCCAGAUGUGAAGAUUAUAUAUACUUGCAAAACUCGAAUUGUCGCUACGAACUAACUCCGAUACUUAAAUACUAUGCACGAAGCUUGGCAACCGAUAGGCGACUGAUGCACGCGCUUCGAGCAUUUUACAUAACAGACAAGCAGUUCGAGUACAUUCAAAAGGAACUGAGUAUUCAGAGAAUGAAUUCCAUGGAUUCGGAAGUCAUUUAUAAUAACGUUGCCUGCAAUUGGCUGCGACAGAACUCUAAAACGCACAGCAACUGGAUAUUACCCAAAAAGGUAACAACCUUAUCGAUUGGAGGCAUAUUCCCCAUCAAUAUCACGGAUCGUGGACACCUGAAUAUAAUUGGGGCAACGCAAAAGGCAGUUGAUGCAAUCAACAGAAAUAAUACAAUCUUACCGGAUUAUCAUCUAGAGAUAAUGAUUAACGAUGGACAGUGCAAGUCGGACAUGGUCAUGAAGGCAUUUAUACAUUAUUUCAAUGUACCCAAUAUGCUGGGAGUAUUGGGACCUGCCUGCAGUGAAACUGUGGAGCCCAUAGCUGGCAUAUCCAAACAUUUGAAUAUGAUGGUAAUGUCGUAUUCAGCCGAAGGCGCUUCGUUUGUCGAUCGAAGUGCGUAUCCGUACUUCUUUCGGACCAUUGGCUCGAACAGCGAAUAUGUCGAUGCGUAUUUAGAGAUAAUGCAGCAAUUCGGUUGGAUUCGGGUCUCGACCCUGACCGAAGAUAGCCAACAGUACACGGAGUACAUGUCGCGCAUGGAGAGCAAGCUGAGGCUUCAUAAUUUCACCUUGGCAUUUAGUCGCAAGGUUCAAAGCGAUAUAACAGCUGCGGAUAUGAGAGAGCACUUGGGUAAAUUAAAAGCAGCGCACUCUAGGAUCAUUAUAGCCGAACUUCAAAGCGCCAAUGCAGCUGUUGCCGUAUGCGAAGCUAUCAAAUUGGGUAUGACACAGGUUGAAAAUUAUGUCUGGUUUUUGCCCUCAUGGCUAUCGAAAGACUUUGAUAUGUGGAGCAAUAAAGUCAAUAAUCGAUGCACCGCCGAGCAGCUACGAAAAGCGAUCGAGGGACACUUUAGCAUAAGGCACACGCCGUUCGGUGCGCCAGAUGCCAAAAUGCAGGAGGGCAUAUCUAUAAGCUCCUGGUUGAGCUCCUAUAGGACCGAGUAUCCAACUUUUUCCAAUUAUGUUGGAUUUGUUUACGAUGCCGUGUGGGCUUAUGCUAUUGCAGCGCAUAAAUUAUUGCAGAACGAUUUGUAUGCAAUCAACAAAUUGAGAUCCAAGGAAUUUGCUAGCCAAUUCGCCAAACACAUUUGGGCGACAAAUUUUGAUGGUUUGUCGGGCAACGUGAGAUUCGGAGAAGGCGAAUUCGGCGGCUCACGUAUAAUUGACCUGGAUAUAUUACAAUGGAAAAAUUUGACUUAUGUGAAAGUGGCAAAUUUCAAGCCCAAUGUCGUGGGCAGAGGAGCAAAUGUGCACAUAAGCGGUGGAUAUUUAUCGCGUUUGCCAAGCAAAGUGUUUCCCGGCGAAGUGCCCGAAGAUGGCAGAUAUGAUUGUAGAUUUUCGGGCUUGGCCCGGUUUUUGCAAGUCAAUUGUGAUGUGUCCUCGAUGAUAUUCAGCAUUGCCAUGUGCCUGCUGGUAAUUGUGUUGAUGUCGCUGGUUUCUUUUUACUUUUGGAAACAGCGCUAUGACCGCAAAGUAAGGCGAUCAGCGCAAAUAAUGAAAAUGUUCGGCAUCGACCUGAUUUCGCCAUCGCGAAACAAAAUCAAUACCUUGGACAAAUGGGAAGUGCCAAAGGAGAACGUUGUGGUCAAUCGACGACUGGGCGAGGGCGCCUUCGGCACGGUGUACGGCGGAGAAGCCCGGCUGGGCUCCGACGACUGGACGGCUGUGGCUGUGAAAACGCUCAAGGCCGGAGGCACCACGGAGGAUCGAUUGGAUUUCUUGGCCGAGGCCGAGGCUAUGAAGAAAUUUAAUCACAAAAAUAUUAUAAAACUGUUGGGCGUCUGUUUGCAAAGCGAACCAAUCUAUACAAUAAUGGAGUUCAUGCUAUAUGGCGAUUUGAGAACCUACCUUUUGGCCAGAAGAAACAUGGUUAAUGAGAAAAUAACCGAUGAAUCGGAUAUCUCAUCGAAGCGGUUGACCAUGUACGCCAUGGACGUAGCCCGAGGCUUGGCAUAUCUGGCAGAACAAAAAUAUGUGCAUCGUGAUAUUGCGUGCAGAAAUUGUUUGGUUAAUUCGCAGCGCAUCGUUAAAAUAGGCGACUUUGGCAUGGCCAGACCAACUUUUGAAAGCGAUUAUUAUUGCUAUAAUCGAAAAGGUGUGCGAAAACUCUUUCCGGUGCGCUGGAUGCCGCCGGAAACGCUGUCGUUGGGCAUAUUUACGCAUGCCUCGGAUAUAUGGUCAUUUGGGGUUGUACUUUUCGAGGUUAUAUCAUUUGGAUCAUAUCCGUAUCAGGACUUAACAAACAAUCAAGUUCUUGACUUUGUCAAGGCUGGCAAUACCCUGCAAAUUCCGAGCGGUGUCAAGCCACAGCUGGAGGGCCUUUUAAAGGCCUGUUGGAGUCAGGAUGCGAGUAAACGUCCCACAGCCUUGGAGAUCAUCGAUUAUAUAUCUACCUAUCCACGCCUGCUGACUCCAUCCCAUGACUUUCCCGGCACGGCGGUUCACUUGCCAGAGUCCGAUUGCGACGAAGUGGAACUACUACCGACUUGCCGUCAGUUUUCACCAGCGAACCACGAACCCAAAUUGGACAUUUUUGACCCACAAAACGAGAAGCUAUCGGAUUUCGCAGAAAAUGUUGAAUCUGGUGCUUUGAGUGUGCCUCUCAGUAGUAAUGGUUCCUUUUCACCUACCACGCCGGAUGGAUAUAGCAUAAUGUCUCCACUCUUAAUGCAUCAAGUUGAUGCAAGUUCCAAAACUACAAAAGCAUAGCUACUUAUAUAUUUGAUAAAACUUCGGAAUUUUUAAGCCGCCAAAUGCUGUAAGUUGUUAAUUUUCAAUUAUAAGAAUAUGCAUAUGAUAUAUAUAUAUAUAUAUAUAUAUACUUCUCCAAAGUAGUUUGAUAGCUCGAAAUCAAAAGUCAACAAAAAACAUUUGGAAUUGUUGGUCUUCUUUUGAAGAAAACCCAUUAACCCAACUCACCUGGGAUUCGAAUCAGAAUUCCAUUCUUAACUUGCUGAAUAAUCAUUUUAAAAAUAUCUGAAAGAUUUCGUAGAAAUACAUCGGAACCGUAAAAAGGUUGCGAAAGACAACAAAUUUUGCUGCAUAGCAUAAUUAAAUUAAGCAUCAAAACAUUUUUCAGACAGAUUUUAUACAGAUUUAAGUACUGAAAGUUAGGUCUACCCUUUAUAUAUUAAUUAUAGAUAUUAUAAAUAUAUUUGCUAGAAAUCGAUGCCAAAUAUUUUGAUAAGCUGGGCUGUAUUAAAUAUAAGCAAUUGCAUUUAAGAAAGUAAUUUGUAGGGUUUUUUUUUAACUGAAUAAAGUCAAAAACGACAUUUUCUUAUCAACAUCAGAUCAGGAUAUCAUAGAGCAGGAACGAUCGACCAAAAUUUAGGUACUUGUAAGUAAAACUGUUUUAUUUUUAAAGAUAUCUCUACUAUACUAUACU